CAACAACAACAACAACAACAACAACAGCAACAACAACAACAACAACAACAACAACAGCAGCAGCACCAGCAGCACCACCAACAACAAAACCAGAUGAUAAAUCCAAAUGUGCAGGUGCCCACGUCUGUAUCCGGAAUGCAGGGAAUGAUGCAGAUGAACCAUGUGCAGCAGAUGCAAAUGCACAUGCAAAAGCAAGAGGAGACGCCUCCUCCCGCGUAUCCGAAUAAACCUUCGUUCCUGCAGUCGCCUUCCUUCACACAGCCCCUGUCCAACUGCAACUCUGGUUUCGGUCGGGUUGAGGUAAAGGAAGAACUACAGACGAAUGGUCCUAGUGAACCAAAUGGCGAUUUGCUCAUGGAUCACGAGAUCAAGUUAGAACCCGUCGAUCCUCAGUCAGAGCUCGAAGAGGAACCCGAGAAGAAGCACGAUGUGGAAAUAAAGGAAGAACGUGAAGAAGAAGGCGGGAAACAAAUCAAGGACGAGCAGAAGGAAGAGGAAUCCGAUGUGAAAAAAGAAGAAGGAACCGGUGCGUGUGUCAAGCGGGAAAUGGAUGCUGAUGACUCCAUGGACUGCAAGACAAAUGAUUCAGAACCAGACAGCGUUAGCGGAGGAAAGCAUGGCAUUAAGAGUUUCCCCAGUAAAGUCGGUCCAAUGACGAGUGGAUCGACAGCGUCUUCCGUGUCUGCUGGGUUUGUGGAGGACAGCAAGCCAGUCGUGAAAAAGGAAGAAGGUGCCGAGGGUACCGACGCCAAGGGAAAAACAAAAAUACUCUUCACAGCGGAGGAACUGCGGAGAGCUUUGAUGCCACCUUUGGAGAAACUGUAUGUGCAGGAGCCGGAAAGUAUGCCGUUCAGGCAGCCGGUAGACCCGCACGCAUUGGGCAUACCAGAUUAUUUCGAUAUCAUUAAAACACCGAUGGACCUGUCUACCAUCAGGACCAGGCUAAACAACGGCGUCUACACCAAUCCAUGGGAGUACGUCGAUGACGUAUGGCUCAUGUUUGACAACGCCUGGCUGUAUAACCGCAAAACUUCCAAAGUUUACAAGUUUUGCUCCAAGUUGGCGGAGAUCUUCGAGAAAGAGAUCGACCCGGUGAUGCAAAGCCUCGGAUAUUGUUGUGGACGAAAGUACGUGUUCAGUCCGCAAGUGCUCUGUUGUUACGGAAAAACCAUGUGCACGAUUCCCCGCGACGCCAAGUAUUGGUCCUACCAAAACCGUUACACCUACUGUCAGAAGUGCUUCAACGAAAUCCAGGGGGACGCUGUGUCAAUAGGGGAAGAUCCGAGCCAACCUACGCAGACCAUCCGUAAGGAUCAGUUCGUCGAAAUGAAGAACGACGCGUUGGAGCUUGAGCCAUUUGUUCAGUGCAAGGAUUGUGAAAGGAAGCUACAUCAAAUUUGCUGCGUUCAUCUGGAUCCCAUCUAUCCUCAAGGAUUCAUCUGCGAAAACUGUCUCAAGGCGAAAGGACAAAAGCGACGGGAACACAAGUACACUUCCAAAAAACUUGCCUCAACUAAGCUGGGCACGUAUAUCGAAACCCGUGUGAACAAUUAUUUAAAGAAGAAAGAGGCGGGUGCCGGUGAGGUUACCAUUCGCGUCGUGGCCAGUUCCGAGAAGAACGUGGAAGUCAAGCAGGGCAUGAAGGCUAGAUUCGUCGACAACAACGAGAUGCCGGAGUCGUUUCCGUAUAGAGCAAAAGCACUGUUCGCCUUCGAGGAGAUCGACGGUGUUGACGUUUGCUUCUUCGGAAUGCACGUGCAGGAGUACGGAUCCGACGCUCCGAUGCCGAAUACUAGACGAGUCUACGUGGCGUACUUGGAUUCUGUGCACUUCUUCCGCCCCAAGCAAUUCCGCACAGCGGUUUACCACGAGAUCUUGCUUGGGUAUUUGGAAUACGUCCGCCAACUGGGGUAUACGAUGGCGCAUAUUUGGGCGUGUCCACCGAGCGAAGGAGAUGAUUACAUUUUCCACUGCCAUCCGCAAGAACAAAAAAUUCCGAAGCCAAAGCGGCUUCAGGAGUGGUACAAGAAGAUGCUCGACAAGGGUAUAAUAGAGCGCAUCGUGCUUGAUUAUAAAGACAUCCUCAAGCAGGCCAUGGAGGACGACUUGCGUAGUGCAGCAGAGCUUCCCUAUUUCGAAGGCGACUUUUGGCCCAAUGUUCUCGAAGAGAGCAUCCGGGAAUUGGACCAGGAAGAAGAGGAGGCCAAAAGGAAAGAAGCCGAGGCACAGGCCGCUGCUGAAGCCGCCGCCGCAUUGGCUGCCAACUGCGGACCCGAGGCGGAAGUUGAUUCUGACGAUCCGUCCGCCUCUGGCAAGAAGAAAUGUGGUCAAAAGAAGGCGAAGAAGUCCACGAAGGCAAAGAAUAACCAAAGGAAGAACACCAAGAAAGCUGGUAGCAGCCAGAAGGGAACAUCUUCUGACCUUAAUGCCAAAAUCUUCGCCACAAUGGACAAGCACAAGGAGGUUUUCUUCGUGAUCCGUUUGCAUUCCGCACAGUCCGCCGCUUCUCUGGGGCCGAUCCAUGAUCCGGACCCGCCGAUCCAUUGCGAGUUGAUGGACGGUCGAGAUGCUUUUCUUACAAUGGCUCGAGAUCGGCAUAUGGAAUUUUCAUCGCUGAGGCGAGCAAAAUAUUCGUCUACCUGCAUGCUCUACGAGCUGCACAACCAAGGCAGUGAGAAAUUCGAGUACACGUGCAACUCCUGUCGGGCCCAAGUUGAAACCCGGUACCACUGUACCACCUGUGAUGACUUCGACCUGUGCACGACGUGUUAUGAGAAGGAGAACCAUCCGCAUCGGAUGGAACGGCUGAGUUUCGAUCUCGACGGUGGCGAUGAUGGUUCUGGUGAUUCUAAAGCUGGAAAUCCAGCGGACGACAGAAAGAGAUCCAUCGACCGAUGUGUGCGAUCUCUGCUCCACGCAGCGUCGUGCAGAGACGCCAAUUGCAGACUGCCGAGUUGUCAGAAGAUGCGAAGAAUCCUGAACCACACGAAAGGUUGCAAGAAGAAGAGCCAGAAUGCCUGUUCCAUUUGCAAACAAACAAUUGCUCUGUGCUGUUACCAUGCCAAGAGCUGCAACGAACAAAAGUGCUCUGUACCGUUCUGCUCGUCGAUCAAGCACAAGAUGAAGCAGCAGCAACUGCAGCAACGCGUGCAGCAAGCUCAACUACUGCGUCGGCGCAUGGCCGCUAUGGCUGGUGCAUCUGCGGCUAUCUCGGCCGCCUCGGCGGCUGCUGCUGCCGCCGCCGCCGCCGCUGCGCCGCCAGUACCAAUUGCUCCACCAGCUGCGAACCCUGUCAUGUCGCAGCAAAACCACCCGGCGCCGAACAUGAGCUUGGAUGCCGAACAGGUCAGACCUGGCAUGCAAAUGACAGGAGUGCACGGGAAACCGAUGAGCGUUGUGCCAAACCAGACCGUGCCUAUGAGUCAAAUGGGUCAGCAGAGCCAAAUGCCUCAUGCGGCGCCUGGAAUGGGCAUGAAGCCGGUGCUGGGUAACCCGUCGCAACUACAACAGGUCGUUAGACAGGUGCAAGAAGAAGCGAAGCUGCAAGCUACAGCGAGGAUGACUUACGGUGGCAAACCCGGGCCCGGUGGCAUGAUGGGCAGCCCCCCGAUGGGUCCACGCAUGCCGAUGGUAGCCGGAAACCAGCCCAUGAUGUCGCCGACACCUGGCGCACCAAUGACACCCGGGGCGAUGGGUCCAGGCGGUCAACGUGUGCUUCCCGCCAUGAACCAGUGGUCUGGCGACGGUGGUGGCGCGAGUGGCGGUGGUAAUAAUGCAGCAGGACCGCCACCUCAGCCGCCGCAGAUGCAGCAGCGUUACAGCCCGUCCCAGCCGAUGCCGAGUGGAAUGGGAAUGAUGCGAAAGCCUAUGAUGAACAAUCCACAAGGCCAAGGCGUGAUGAUGGGUGGUGCUCACGGCCCUGGGCCGGCUCCCAACGCCGGCGGCACUGCUGCGAUGGCCCAGGGAGGACGGAAUCAAGUGCAGGUGCUGCAGCAUUUGCUGCAGACUUUGAAGAACCCCACGUCACAACAGCAGCAACAAGACGUUCUUCAGAUCCUGAAAGCGGCGAAUCCCCAGGGCAUGAUGCGACCGCAGCACAUGGGGCCGGGCAUGGGACCGCAGGGACAAUUCGCGGACCAGUUUUCGCCGCACGGACAGGCCCAGGGUGGGUUCGUCGGAGGAAUGAAACAGACCUUGGGACCCGGCAUGAUGCCAACUCAGCAGCAGAUGAUGAUGCAGCAGGUGCGAUCACCGCCUGCAGGGGGCGCUGAGGGGAUGCUUGGCAUGGGCGGCGGGCAAGGCGCCGGCGAAGUGAUUCUCGGACCUGGCGGUGUGGCUGGGCAGCACAUGGGCGGCUGUCCGCCGCAGAUGCGCGGGCCCGGUGAUAUGGGACAGGGCGGUGACAUGGACGUCGGCCAGGAUCCCUUGUCUCGAGUUGUGGACACGCUAUGAUGACGAUCGCCGCCGCCGACGCCAUUCUCUUCACAGUUCAACCAUUACCGGCAACAUGACCCGUCCCGCAGAAUGUUCUAGUCACUCAUCACCUCCCCAUCCCCAAUCAUUCAUCAAGAAGAAGAAGAAGGCGGCGACGACGACGACGACAAAAAAAUAUCCGCGAAUUUAGGAACGGAAAUAUUGCAAGAAAUUACGCGAAUGGAUUUCCCCGAAGUCACUGGAAACUUUCCCUGGAGAUUUGAGCUCGAUGAAGUCAGGCUAAAAAAGUUUGUAUUCUCACGAGAGUGUCCGUUGUCAAAAAUGGUGCAUUUAAUUUUUAGUUUUUCAUGCUGGCAUUGAAUGUGAUUCCUGAAAUUGAAAUUUCAGCGUCAUAUAUUUGAGGAAUAUUGAACUAUUUGCUUAUCGUCUCGUUCUCAACUUUCCUGACUUGUGAAUUUCGAGCGCUUUUUUGGAUUAAUUGAUUUGCCCCUUCUAACGGAUGCAAUAUGUAUUUCGCAGUGGUUCGCCGGUGGUGCGGUCAUUUCUUACCACGACCUGCGUGAGUGUGUGUUACUUCGCGAAAUUGACAAAUUACAGAGGACAUAAUCAGUCUGCUUUGGAGAAAGCCAGAUUAAUCCGAGAAACACGUACAGCGACUUCGUGGAAAAUCCAUUCGUAGAAUAGAAGAGAAGUUGUUUUUAUUUUUUGAAACAGUGAUAAUUAACUUUCAACGGACCGUUUCCCUCGAUUGGUUUUGUGGAAUCAAAAAAAUUGUGUGCGUUGUUUGUUGAGGCUUUUUUUUUUGGUCGAUCCUGGCUCGUAGCCCGGAGCUCAAUGUAUAGUUGUUACGAGACUUCUUGCUCUCGCACGAAGUUGUACAGCGUUGUUGGGAGAAGAGGACGUGUUUUGUAUCGGCCGGGCCGGCGCGGAAAUUUUUAAAAAGAAAGCUGAAUCGAAACUACGACGACGCCGCGGCGAAAUGGCGGCGCCCAGCUGCUCCUCUUUCCAUAUCUGCCCCGUCUGGAAGUGACAGGUUUCUUCUUGCCUUUUUUGUUGUUUCCUUCGAGAAGCGUUCAUGACCCAAUUUUCUGUUUUUCUUCCGGAAGUAUUGUGUGGCGUUUCGUGCGGAAUUCCGGAAUUCUGAAUGUGUGAAACACCUAUUACUUUUACAGGUAUGAUCGUUUCUCAUCGUGAUGUUUGUUUCUCACUGACGUUCUGCCGCGUCCAUUUGUGAGGAGAAAGUUACUUGAUUAAACUAUUUUUCAGGUAAACCUUGGUUUAUUUAGGCCGGUUUUUAUUUAUUUGUACCUCCGGUAGUGGGACUUCUUCGGAAUUUUAUUGCCUCAGAAUCGAUCUUUUAACUCGCUCGACUAAUACGUUGAUGAUGAGCGGAAUUUUUUGCGUUUUUUGAUUAGGUCGGUUUUUUGUAUUUUGAAUUUGUAAGUGUGUGAACGGGUGAUAUUUCAUUAGCUCUGAAGUAUGUGAGAAGGAAGAGGAAAAAGAACCGAGAAUGAAGGGAAGGCGAAUCGGGGAUAUGGAGGUGGAAAACUGUGUUCAUACUUGAUGUUAUUUUUUGUGCGGGAUGGCGCGAGCUUUUUUUUUUGUCUUUUUUGUUGCUGAAGCUUGACGCAAAUCGGCGUAAUUGUUUUUGUUUUGAUUCUUUUCGAUUUAUUCGGUUUUUUUUUACAAAAGCUGUCCAAUUCGGCUUCCGACUAUUUGAAGAAGGAAGUUGGACGAUAGGUUUUUUUGGACUUGCGGAUGGGUCGCCUGCCGUUGCCGUCGCCGCGAGAGAAGUUUCAAUUUGAAUUGCGCUGUUUUUCCCAAGUUUCUUUUUUUUUGUCUUUUCUAUUUCUCCGGUCGGCGUGAGCCUUGAUAUGAAGGGAAAAAAGUGGAAUAAAUCUUAAUUUCAUGUAAGAAA